CCUUCUUCGCGCAGGACGAGCGCGUACCUGCAGGUUCUGACGAGCAAGCCGCUGUUCGAGCAUGUCGUGUCCUUCAUGAACGGGUAUCCGCCCGUUGUGGCGAAGUUCGCGCGUGCGCAGCGCUUCAGACCGCGCGUAGAGGGGAGAUAUCCGUCUCCACGCGGUCUGUUGCCCCAACUGGCCGUCAUUUGCGACGAGGUGGCGGUGCUGGACGCUCUGUUGAAGCUGGUGGCCAGCCAGUCACCGAGUUACCGCAACCCGGAGACGGAGUUCGUGGGCGUCGUGCGCUGCGCCGUGAGAUUCGACAAGUUGAAGAUGUUGCAGUGGCUGGAGACGCAUCUGGAGCUGAGCUCGUACGCGUUCGAAGCGGACCUCAUGGACAUUGCCGUGGGCUACACUACGGGGGUGGAGGUCAUGGAGUGGCUGCUGCAGCACCACUCGGAGAUGACGAAAGAAGUCUCGGCGUGGGCUCUGCGGCUCGCGGCCUACAACGGGGAGCUCAACAAGAUGAAAUGGCUACAUGACCACGGAUUCCGAGGCUUUUCGUGCACAACGGCCGAUGACGCCGCGUGUGCGGGACAUACAGAGGUGCUGAGGUUCUUGUUGGAGCAUCGAAGGGAGGGAUGCACCUCGAGAGCGCUGGAUCAAGCCGCAGCUCAUGGACACAUUGAGGUGGUGAGGUAUCUGUUCGAGUUUAUUCAGGGUAGAGCGGGUGCAGAGCGACAUCGAGUUACGGCCAGAGCCUCGUUCGCGAUGACCAAGGCGGCGUUGUGUGGACAUGCGGAGGUGGUCGGGUUUCUAGGGCGACGCCAGUGCAAACCGCUGAACAAUACACUACUGGAUGUGGUGGCGACCGGGGAGCUGCAGGUGCUGAAGCAGUUGUGUCGAUACUCAAGUGAAGGAUGCCUGGUCGAAGCGCGAAGGCGGGCAAAGACACUGGGGCACGCGGAUAUCGCGGCGUACCUCUGCACUCAAAUUGUACCUACGGCGUGUGCCUGCAGACUUCACCGGCAUUCGCGCUCUGGGCCACGGCGCUGUCAAAGG